AGAGGGGCGGACGUUUGCGAGGGGUUAGCGGUCGGCGGCCUGGAUCGCAGCACAGUUUAGCGUCGCCUCGGACGCCGCUGAUGGGUGGUGUGGGCCGGGAGGUGCUGACGCUGCAGCUCGGCCACUACACCAACUUCGUGGGCACCCACUGGUGGAACAUCCAAGAUGCUGCCUUGUGCUAUGAUUCAGAUCGCAGUGACACAUACUCCGAGAUCAACAACAAUGCCCUUUUCCGUGAGGGGCAGACACUGCGAGGCCAACCCACCUACACUCCUCGCCUCAUUCUCGUGGACCUCAAAGGGAGUCUGAGCAGCUUGAAGCAGGAAGGAGAUCUGUAUGGAGUCAGCCAGGUCAUGCCUGCACUAGCAUGGAACGGGAGGCUGACUGUGCACAAAGAGGAUCCAGUGACAAAGAACCAGUUUCUGCAGCAACUCAACAGGCUGGGUGCUGAGGCACACAGUGAAAAUGUCACCUCAACAACAGCCCAAGGAGCAGAAAGGUCUGUGUCUGAGAGAACCUUCGACCUGACUCAGGGUGCCCAGCGCUUGGAGAACAGUGUGAGGGUCUGGUCAGACUAUCUUGGGGUACACCUGCAUCCAAAGACCAUCUCUCUCGUCCAACAGUAUAACCACGACAGCACUUCCAAUCGCUUUGAAGCAUUUGGGUUUGGUGAGAAGCUCCUUGGUGAUCCAGUGUUCUUAGAUGACUUUGAAGACCGCCUCCACUUUUACAUUGAGGAAUGUGACUACCUGCAGGGCUUCCAGGUGCUUUGUGACCUGCAGGAUGGCUUUGCUGGCCUUGCCACCAAGGUGGUGGAGCUGUUACACGAUGAAUAUGGAGGGAAAGCCAUUUUCACCUGUGGCUUUGCACCCACAAGCUACUUGGACACGGGUUCCAUGGCCACUGUGUACCGUCUGCUCAACUCCGUCAUGGGUAUCGUGCACCUGUCCAGCCGCAGCUCUGCCUUCUGCCCCAUGUCGCUGGACAGCAGCUUCCUGAGGCGCAAGCAGAUGACCCCAAUCCUUUUCCCACGUGUCGUCUAUGAUGCAUCCCUCAGUUAUCACAGCAGCGCGCUGUUGGCUACAGCCUUGGAGACUCUGAGCAUCCCGUACAGACUACAGUCUAACGCCCUGUCGCUUACGCAGCUGACCAACGCACUUACUGUCUCCGGCAGGAAGGUGGUCACUGCGUCUGCUGCUGUCCCCUUCGCCAUGCGGAGCACCGACACUCUCCCGGACGUCUUGGCCGAACAACAUGCCGCAUCACCGUGGACACCACUGACCCCCUGUGGCGAGGUUAACGCUCAAUGCUUCGCCCAGUCUGUGGUGUUGCGAGGAGUCAGCAGGGAGCAACAAGUUGGUAAACUUCCACCGGGGGUGAAAGGACCCUCCAUUUUACACAGCUGUCCAACAGGAGAGGAGGUCCUUGAUACAUUCCUGCAACACCACUUCCCAGCUGCAGUGAGAGCUGUCCAUCUUGUUCAGACCCCAUGUAAAGUGACUACACCGUAUCCACAGAUUUUCUCAGACUCCUUCAACAAAUGGGGGCAGCUGGUGGGAGGUAGUCUCUCUUCGAGAAAUGCUGUGGAGAGCAUCCCCGUGUUGAGUGCACUGCAGAGCACAGCCACCACCUAUCAUGGCCUACACGCCCUGUACCAGGAAGUCAGCCGCCUCAACCUGCAGCGAUUUAGCACCUUCUUCAAUGCAGGCACAGAGCUGGAUGACUUCAGAGAGGCCCUCGAGGAGCUGAGGACCCUGGCCCAGUGCUACAGACUGAACUUUGAGCUGGACGAUUUGGAUGAUGACUCUGAUGAGGAAUAAAGACUUGCAGUAGCGGUGACCCAGGA